CUAGUAUGUGCAGGGGAAAUCACCUUUGCUAGUCAGCGAUCGGAGUUUUGAUAUCCAUCAGUAUGGGUAAAAAUUUCAUUCAUUAUGAGGUAGGACCUAGUAUCAGUUUUAGUUUAUUGUUUGCAAAUAAAUCUCUUAAGAAAAUACCCGAUACAGAUUUCUUUUGUCGCGUAUAAACAAAAGGGAUUUCUCAGUCGCACUUCGCAUGUCGUGUAAACGUUUUAAAUCGACAUUAAGUGAUUCCGGCCACACACCCGCCCGGUAUUUAGCUCGCUUGGUAAGUCAUGCGUGUCAAUUUACAUACCACAAAUAUUGACACGCUGAUUGAAUCAGUAUCUAUUGAAUGGUCAUUAAACAAUUGGACUUCCCUCGGGUGAGGUAGAAAUGGACAGUGACCUACUUUCCUAUAGAUGAUAUUCUGAUCAGUCGCAAUGAUAUGCAGAAAGACGUCCAACUUCUUCCAUGAACGUAAAACGAUAUUCGGCAUGUAUUGCUGCAAGUUUCUUUGCAACAGUGGUAGCUUUCGGUACCCUUAUGACGGUGAAUCAGAAAUUUGGACCCGACCACCUUAAACCUAUGAAGAUUUUGAAGGUUAUUAUACAAAGCAACAAGGUAUCAUCGGACAACGUCAUGGUACAAAAUUACUUCCGAGAUCCGCCCCCCAAAAACAUAGAAAUCAACAUAUCUCAAACGUCCGCACCUGGUGCGACCUCAAACACAGCAUUAUCAGUCAAAAACAAAACAGUUCCGUCUCCUCCAUCUUCCCCAGCUUUCACUUCGAAAACUAGCAUCUCACCUGCGACAAGAAAUACUAAAACUGCCUUCACGACAGUUUCAAAGCCGUCUUCCAUUGCCAAAAAGACAGUGACUACUGCCAGAAGUACAACGACCACUAACAAAAACACAGUGACUACUGCCAGUAGCACCAGGAGUACAACGACCACUAACAAAAGUACAGUGACCUCUACCAAGACUAUAGUUUCCAAGACAUCGAUCUCACCUACAACGCAUGCGCCGUCCAAUUUUUAUGUCUGUCCUACAUUUAUGGGGAGAAUUGGAAAUAAUUUAUUUCAGUUUGCUUCCGGAUUUGGAAUCGCUGCCUCUAAGGAUCUGAAAUUUGUUGUAGCAGAAAAUGAUCUCAUAUACCGGUUGUUUGAAUUGAAAAACAGUAAACAUCUUCAUAUCAGCAAAAAUAGACACGAAUGUGCAAAAGCAAAAUUCAGAGGGGAAGGGCGUGCAUGUUCCUAUGAUAAAAAUGUAGCGAAUUUCAAGCCGGAUGCAACGUAUCGAGUUGGGAAUUAUUUACAGUCGUGGAAGUAUUUUCAAGAUGUGGCAGAAAAACUACGAGAACAGCUAAAAUUUAGGGUUCAUCUUCAGACGAGCGCAAAUAAUAUUAUAAAAGGAAUAUUAAAGAAGUUUAACACAUCUCGAGAAAACGUAACUUUGAUUGCUGUUCAUGUACGACGCGGAGACAUGGUCAACCAUGGCUUUGGUUAUUUAGUUGCAACAAAGGAAUACUUCGCGAAAGCAGUACAGCUCUUUACCAGUUAUUCUAGUCCCAUUUUUAUCGUUUGUUCUAAUGAUCUUUCGUGGUCUAAAGCAAAUUUUCCUAAGAACGACAAGGUUGAGUUCAUUUCCGGGAAUUCAGCGGAAGUAGAUUUAGCUUUAAUGGCGUCUUGCGAUCACAUGAUAUCAUCUGUAGGUUCUUUUAGUUGGUGGGCAGGCUGGCUCAACAAUGGAACUGUGACUUACUUCAAAUGGCCGGCAAAGGAGGGUUCGGGGCUUCGCGCACAGUUCAGCUCAGAUUAUAUGGAUUAUUUUUAUCCACAUUGGACAGGCAUAUAAUAAGUUUAAUAGUAUUAAUUGUUGCAUCAAUAUUUAAAUUGCAUAAUACACAAUUUUUAUGUUUA